UAACGCUAAACUUGAUUCUAGGUAAUUCUGAAAGCUAUGAUGCUGCUACUAUUGUUGGCUAUGGUGAUGUGCUUCCCAAGGGGUAUGUUGGCUCAGCCAGAAGCCGGAGAGAUGCAAGGUCCUAUUGUUGGUGAGAAGCCAGAAGCCGGAGAGAUGCAAGGUCCUAUUGUUGAUGAGAAGCCAGAAGCCGGGGAGAUGCAAGGUCCUAUUGUUGGUGAGAAGCCAAAAGCCGGAGAGAUGCAAGGUCAUAUUGUUGGUGAGAAGCCAGCUAAUAAUUCUGCAGGGUGGAACAGGAAAGAGCGUAUUUUUUCAUUGUUUAAUAUCGUUCAAUUUCCUAAUUUGGCGUGCAAUAGCUUGGAUACAGUAUUUCCCGUUGGAACCUGUUUUACAACCAGUGAGUGCACUUCUAAAGGCGGAACAACGAGUGGCAGCUGCGCAGCGGGGUUUGGUGUCUGCUGUCUAUUCAAAUCCUCGACAUGUGGGGGCACAUUCAGUAACAACAUGACUUACAUUACCAAUCCGGGGUUCCCAGCUACAUUCAAUACCGCAGGCACCUGCACAUUUACGGUUAACAAAUGUCAAGCGGAUAUUUGUCAGCUUCGACUGGAUUUUCUAACAUCUGUUCAAGGAGUUUCCGCUAAUACUCAAGGAUGUUGUGGGGCUGGAUGCACAACAGCUGCUGAUUCUUUAACUGUGACUGGUCAGACCGGAGUAAAUCCGCCUGUAAUCUGUGGUACCAACACAGGAGAGCAUAUGUACGUUGAGGUUGGAUCUCUUGCAGCGGAUAGUGUUAGCCUGGCCUUCUCCGUGGCUGGGACAACAAAUGAUCAAUGGAAUAUUAGAGUGUCUCAGAUUCCUUGCAGUGCUAAUUACAGAGCACCAACCAACUGUGUGAAAUACUUCACUGGAAGUUCUGGAACUGUGACUAGCUACGGAUUUACUGGGAACACUUUGCUUCAAAGCCAAAACUAUGAUUCCUGUAUUAGGCAAGAGGCAGGAUUUUGUUCUAUCCAGUGGGAUGAAAGCACAGUUACAGCUCCAGCAGAUCCUUUUGAUUUGACAGGUGCACAAGCUGCAGGAGCAGCUGAAAAUAUCAUAUGUGCCAACUCCUUCAUCCAUAUUCCAAAUGGAUUCAUUGCUCCUGCCGCUGUUACUACAGCUGCUGGCAAUACUGAUGGUGCAGCAACUCCUGUUUUUCCAAGUCCUGCUUUGGAAUUUUGUGGUGAAGUUUUAGGGCUUUUUGAAGCUGGUGCAGCAGGAGUCAUAGGUGUCACUGCUUCUAGUGUUACAACAUCAACCUUACCAUUUUCUCUAUCUACGUUCACAACCGCAGUAGCUUUAAACGAUCAAGGUGGUAAUGCAGCUCAAGGAUACUCCUUGGAUUAUACCCAACAAGCAUGCUGAUUAAACAAAGGAGUAUUAACUUCUGUAGUGCGUACAAAUCGGAACACAUUAUCUUUCCCAAUCAGGUGUUAGACAAAAAGCUGUUAAACGUCACAAGUUCAGAGGAUAUUUACUGACCCAACAGUAGGUCAGUUGUAUGUAUUGCACAUUGCACAAUGCACAAUCCAAUCAAGGCCUAAAGUUUCCUCAUAAUUGAAAUUUCAAAAGCUUUUCUAAGAUUUUGUUAGCAAUUUUUAACAAAAUGUAUAUAUUUAUUUGAACAGUGUUUAGAAGAAUCAAUUUUUUAUAUUAUAUAUCUACACAAUCAAUUUUAAAGGUCUGACUUUUGUUUACAAUCUUUGUUAUUGUUUUGAUAAAACUAGUUCCAAAUAUGUCACAGCCAAGUGUGUACACUGUACACACACCCUAUCUCCCCUACCGUUAGUUUACAUACCUUAGCUCUAGUUGAAUUAACUCUGAGUUUUUCUUACAAUAACAUCCAUUUCUUUAGUUAAGGAAUUAAUAUCAAUUGUACUGUUAUUAAUUAUUAUAAUUUUCUUAUCGUUCAAGUUUAAAUCUCACAUUGAAAUAAACAAUGCACUUUUUAAA